AUGAAGAUACAAAUUAUUACUUGGAACGUUCGUGGUUUGAAUGAUUCGGACAAAAGAAGGGUGGUUAAAGCUGCUAUAAGGAAAUGGAAUGCCUAUGUUAUUUGUUUGCAAGAAACUAAGUUGGCUUCUAUUACUGAUGAAGUGGUUAAGAGUCUUUGGGGAGGAAGGUUUGUGGAAUGGGAAACGUUGAACGCAUCUGGCACAUCGGGUGGAAUUCUAAUUAUGUGGGAUCGAAGAUGGUUGUCGAGAAUAAAAUUCUGGAAAGGGCUCUUUUCCUUGUUACGUGUGUUUCAGAUGGAAGAUGAUAAUUUCAGCUGCCCGUUAUUGAUUAUGAUAAACCUAUUUUUUGGGAAGAGCUCAACUACGUCAAGGAAUUGUGGUCAUUGCCUUGGGGCAGCUUUUACUUGGUCUAGUGGCAGAGAUUCAGUCACUCUUUCAAGAUUGGAUAGAUUCCUGGUUUCUGGGGAUUGGGAAGAGAAGUUCCCAGAUGUUACUCAGGCAGCUUUGGUUAGGGUCAUGUCUAAUCAUGUGCCUUUAGUUCUUGAUUGUAGAUGUAUGAGAUCUAGACGCACACCAUUUCAAUUCGAAAAUAUGUGGUUGAGAUCCGAGGACUUCCAAGGGAAAGUCCAGUCUUGGUGGGGGGAGGCAAUGUUUACAGGCUCUGCUAACUAUGUGCUUGCUAAGAAGUUUCGGAUUCUCAAAUAUGAGCUUAAGAAGUGGAAUAAAGAGGUGUUUGGGAAUUUUGAAUGGAAGAAAAAUAGAAUUUUGGCUGAUAUUGCUAAACUUAAUCGUCUUGAUGAGCUAGGGCAGGAUAUGGAAUCUUUACGCUCUAGAAGAGCGUCUUGUCAGACGAUUUUUGCUAAGUUAGCUGGAGAUUUUGUGGCGUCAGAAUUCUCGGGCUUUGUGGCUAAAAGAAGGUGGCCGUAA